CUGAAACGAAAGUCAUCAGAUGGUGCGGAAUUUUUAGCGACACAGGUAGAUCCUCACUGCUUUAUCGGUUGACUGUAAUACAAGGCGUACUUUUAUAGGAUUGCACAGCAAGAACUAGGCAUGACCACAGAGUCUGACUCUCCAGAAGAGGGAGUGUGAAUGGAGUGACAUGAGUGGACGAGUCAUGGACAGCCAAUGCAGCAGCAGUGUGGGUUCACGGACCACUAUAGGGGGUGUGGGCAACAUUAACUCAACACCCAUUUCUGCCCGUAUCGAGUCUUAUGAAGGAGGAGAGAAGAAGUGCAUCUCUGAUGUCCGAAGAACCUUUUGCUUGUUUGUGACCUUUGACCUUUUGUUUGUCACCUUGCUGUGGAUCAUUGAGCUCAAUGUCAAUGGAGGUAUACAAGAGCAGCUGAAAAAAGAGGUGUUGGCGUAUGAUUACCACAAAUCUUUUUUUGACAUAUUUCUCUUGGCUGUGUUCCGCUUUGCAGCCUUGAUUCUGGCGUAUGCCGUGUGUAAGCUGCGCCAUUGGUGGGCCAUUGCGAUAACUACAGCAAUCACCACUGGUUUCUUAAUAGUGAAAGUAGUUUUAUCAAAGCUUCUGUCACAGGGAGCGUUUGGGUAUUUGUUACCCAUUGUCUCCUUCAUUCUGGCAUGGAUAGAGACGUGGCUGCUGGACUUCAAAGUCCUGCCCCAGGAGGCCGGCGAUGAAAUCAGGUAUCUUUCAGUGCAGAAUGCGCUAGAUCGAGAGCCUCUUUUACACCCAGGACCCAUUACAGACGGCCAGUUCUACUCUCCUCCUGAGUCCAUGGCAGGUAAUAACUUACUAACUGUUCAGUACUAGCUGGACAAGCGUGGAGAUAGUUCU